AGUGUUCAAGUUGAGGAAUUGGCCGCUAGGUGGCGCGCUGUAUACAAACCCGAGCUGUAAACUCCGUAAUUUAGCGUAGAAGAAGCUUUACCACCACGACUUUGACGUCGGGCCAUUUGUGCUAUCUUGACCUUCCUUUUGCUCUGUGACAAACACAAAGAUGGCUGGACGCAUGUUUGCAAAUUGGUGGGCCAAAAUGGGCCCUUACUACACCAAGGCUUAUCAAGAAAUGUGGGUGGGUGUUGGCAUCAUGACAUACCUCUACUACAAAAUCUCCUAUGGAGGCAAGAAAGCGGUGAAGGACAAGCCUGCUCAUUAAGUUUUGAACACCUCAGGCCACCCCACCACCCUUCCCCCCGCUGUAAAGUUUCCCCCCAUUCACAUUGGACAUCUUGUUAAUAUGAAACUAAUAAAAUUGUCAGUGAACCAACAAA